GUUAAGGAAAACGAACGGAGAUUUUUUAGUUACAUUUGUGUUUGUGUUGUUGCCUCAUUCUGAUUCAUUUACAAAAUUUACUUGCUCUUGUUCAUCAGAAAUGCCACCGAAAAAGAAAACUAAAGUUGACCCACCACAGGUUUCUAGUGAUGAAGGGAACUCUGAUCAUUCUAAGAAAAAAUCUGCAGAUAAACCGAAACGUGAACGAAAAAAAUCUGUUAAGGCUACAACCGUUCAUGCUACCGAGAACGAGAAAACACCAAAAAUAUUGCAAAACAAGACUUCUACAGAAUUCCACAACCAAGAUUUCAAUAAUGUUUCCAAAACAGUUAAUGGGAAAAAUUGGAAUUUAAAAAUUGCCUCAUGGAAUGUUGAUGGUUUGCGUGCUUGGAUCAAGAAAGGGGGAUUGGAAUACUUACAACAUGAAGAUCCUGACAUUCUUUGUCUUCAAGAAAUCAAAUGUUCAAAAUCAAAACUUCCUCCAGAGGUAGAAGUACCUGGUUUUCACAUUUUCUGGAAUCCGUCAGAAGCAGAUGGUUAUGCAGGUCUUGGUUUAUACACCAAAGUUAAACCUAAGUCAAUCAAAUAUGGUAUUGGAAUGCCAGAUUUUGACAAGGAAGGCCGUUUAAUGAUAGCAGAGUAUGAAAAGUUUUACCUGGUCAAUGUGUAUGUCCCAAACGCCGGAAGAAAGUUAGUCACCCUUGAUAAGCGUUUGCAAUGGAAUCCAAAGUUUCAAGAGCUUAUUCAAGAUCUGGAUUCUAAAAAACCUGUGAUUAUUUGUGGAGACAUGAAUGUAGCGCAUCAGGAAAUCGAUAUUGCUAAUCCGAAGUCUAACAAACGAAACGCUGGAUUCACUCAAGAAGAAAGAGAUGGUUUUUCAGAAUUGCUCAAAUCAGUAAAUCUCACUGACGGAUUCCGACAUAAAAAUCCGGAUGUGAAAGGAGCAUACACGUUUUGGACUUAUAUGGCGAAUGCUCGAAAGAAGAAUAUUGGAUGGCGAUUAGAUUACUGUCUGCUUUCAGAGAAGUUGUCUUCGAAUUUUUGCGAUUGUUGCCACCGCCAUGAAGUUUAUGGAAGUGACCAUUGUCCGGUCGUCUCCUUUCUUCACAUAUAAUACCACAAUACAAUUUUUGUAUUCUUA